AUUUCAGCUCUGCUGAGACAUCACACAGAGUGCAGGGAUGCAGAAAACUAUCCCUGGCUGCUUCUUCCAGCAAAUGUAUUCUUCCCUAACUGGCAUUUCAAUGGAGAGAGACCACAUGAGAGAUCUCAGAAGAUACCUGGCACUGAAGUAUAUCCAAUACCUCGUCCUGUCUUCCUCCAACACCGUCAGCACCCUGCUGGGGCUGCUGGGCAGCGUGUACACCAUGAUCCUCCUGCAGUCUGCCAACGUCUCCUCCAAGUCCACUGCAGUCUUCAUUUCCAGCCUGGCCCAGGCAGACAUCCUGGUUUUCCUUAGCUUUGUGUCUGAGGUGGUUUUGGGGAGUUUUGGUGGCGCUGUCUCUCCCGCAGCCUCGGCCGUGGGGCAGAUCCUCCUCACAGCCAAUGCCCACGUGAGCUGUGUCCUGCUCAGCUGUGUGGCCUUCGAGGCCUAUGUGAUCACCUUCCUGCCCUCGGAGUCACGGCCCCUGCGGACAGUCAGGAAUGCCAGGAGGAUAUCCAGGGUGAUCUGGAUGCUGGUGGCCACGGAGUGUGCCCUGUUCCUCAUGGAUGACCACCUGAGCGCCAGCGGCCCUUUGGGGCUCCUGUUCCGGCUCUCCAGCGCGGCCGUGGCCCUGCUCAGGUCCCUCAGCUACAUCCUGGGGAUUCUGCUGAGGAUUAUCAACGUGUACAUCUACUACAAGAUAUUUUUCAGCAUGUCUCCCAGGUCUAGACUCAAAUCCAAGUAGGAUGUGCUCCUUCUGGGAAUGCUGGAACAGCACAAGAACCCUCAACGCAAUUCCAAAUAAUUUGGAAACUGUUUAAUAACCAGGACCAAGGCUCACCAGGGAGUUUAAACCUUCGUGAUUCCUGGUGCUGUUCAGCUGUUAUUGAGAAGAGUUUGGGGCUGAGGAGCCCCUUGGCAUUGAGACACCUGAGUUGGUGUGUGUUUAUUUAGACUUUAUUCACCGUAGAGGUGAAACAAAAGAUAUUUCAUGGUUGUAAAUCAACCCCACUACUUUUUUUUUAUAUAAAAAGGGUGCUUAAAGGCUUCCUCAGGGAUCUGUUGAGCCAAAAGUUGUGUAGUUGUUUACUGAAGACAGGAUCUAUGUCCUGUUCCUAACUCAGGUGACCUCCAGGCUCUGCAGGUGGGAUGGAGAGACAAGGUGAGCCCAAGGUGGGCUCAGGGCAUCAGCCCCACCUGGAGAGCUCCUGGGACAGAGCUGGGCUGAGAUGUCACACCGGAACACUCCCUGAGCUGUUCCUGGGAGGUUGUCACAGCAAAGCAGGGAACAGCUUCUCUCACAUCCUUCUUCAGAAAUAAAAGCAUGGAAAGCUGGAAUGCAGCUGUUUGCUUCAGCCCUAGGAGAGAGAGAGAUUGAAAAUCCCACUGUGUGGAGGGUUCCAUGUACUGCAUCCAGAGGCAUCUCCAGUGAUUCCAUGGCUGUGGGUUUACAGGCAGGGAGGGAUCUCUGGGAUUAGCAGGGCUGUCCCACCUCCCCUGGCAGUGGUGGGGAAGAUCACGGCCACUGAUGUCCUUCUGACCACACUGGGGCUUGGGUGGAUGUGUGAGAGCUGUUCCCCAGCUGGUGAUUCCUGGGAUUUCCUCAACACUCUGGGAUUUUAUCAGCAAAGCACAAAGUGCUUCAGAUACCUCUGACACUGCCCAAGGCACACAUGGCCAUGGGAACUUCCAAAUCCUCCUGACUUCACAUGGGAGCUCCAGGUACAGACUGUGGUGGGGGGAGACUGAAUUUCUGGCAGAUGUUCUGUCAUCCCCAGAUGAUUCUGCCAUUCCCAGGUCACUCUGCCAUCCCCAGAUGUUCUGCCAUCCCCAAAUCCUUCUGCCAUCCCCAAAUCCUUGUGCCAGCCCCAGAUUUUUCUGCCAUCCCCAGCUCAUGGCUGCAGCACCAGCAGCGAGUGCUGAGUGCUGACUUUGCCUCUCAGCAGACUCAAAAGGAAGCUCUGCCAAGGGCUGGGGAUCAGUAAGAGCAGAGCAGAAAUGUAAUCAAGUCAAUUAAACCCUUGGAUGAGCAUUCCCAAACAAAGCUGAUCCUAGCAGGAAGGAUGUCCUAAUAACUUGAUGCACUGUGAUAACCUGUUCUUGCUCCUGAAGCCUAAAGUGAGACACUCCCAGGAGAGAUGAAA